CUCUUCCUUUCUUCACCUCUCUACUGGCCUUCCAUUCAUUUAUCGCCCUAAUACUGACUCACUGCCAAUUGGUCCUUUGGCCUCUUCCUAUCAAAGAUCCGUCGUAGUCACAACGUUCAUAGUCGACAUGAUGUUCAUCCCAUCAUGGAAACUCCUCCAUAUUAUCAUCGGCCAACGUCAAUAAUUUCUUGAAUGACUCUGAAGAUUCAGCGAAGAAAGCUUACAGCCAUCCAAAAAAUGAUAUCAGUCAAGCAGACCAUCCCUUUUGGCCUGCUUUCGUGUCUCGCCUUGCUUGGAUCAAUCAAAGCAGAUGACAGCACUAACAAUACCAGCUGGCCUGAUUGGGUGACUAAUGACUAUGAUUGCGUGAUUGGGUGCUUAUCCGGCUUCAAUGAUACUAUUACUUCUGUUCCUCAGGAUGCUCUAGCCCAACAAGCGUUCGACUGUACUUCAUCGACUUGUACAGGAGAUGCCACAGGUAAUUAUUAUCAAACUUUCUAUUACAUCCAACUCUUUUAUGCUACAGGUUCCAUCUACGAAUCCUCGGAUUCUGCCCCAGACGGGUACAAACACGCAGCCUUCACCGACAGCACAGAUACAACAUCCGAAGCAGCUGUCUCAGGCGAUUGGGGAGACGAUGAUACCGUAGACCCUACAGAAGACAUUGCCGCAUCUGACUCUGCAUCUGCGACUGACAGCGCCGAAACUACCGGCUCGGCUGAUGGUGUUGAUGGCGGUUCUGCGACGGACACUGCUGCUUUGGCGAUCGACACUGGUACUGAGAAUGGCACGGUUGUGACAGGGACUGCGGCGGAUUCAACUGCCUCCGGAUCCAAACUUUCUUCCGCUAGCCACACUUCUUCUCAAAGCGAUGCCAGCACUGCAUCCUCUAGUGUUGCCGCUGAUAUCAGUGAGAGUGGUGCCUUCAAGACAAUUGGGGGCGAUGUGGCCCAAAGGAUUUUUGGCGCUGUUGGUGCUAUGGUAUUUGGAGGCCUCUGGAUUGGACUGUGAAACCAGGCAGUUGAAGGUGGGUGUCAAGUACGAGAUACAUAAUGGGCAAUGAAUAGUGUAAAUGUAUACAAAUCUUGACUACACUUGUGAAUAAUGUU